AUGACGGCUGAGAUGGUGUGCCCGUCGCCCCAAAGGGCCCCCAAUCGGACGAGCCAACUGCACCAAAACGGCUACCGUUGGAGCAAACUGGGGAAGCUGGAUGGCGACAGGGGGGCCCGACACACCUCAGCCGGUGUCAUCCCACCACAUCUGCUUUGCAGCAUCGGAGAAAAGCAGGAAGGCAGAUCGGCCGAGCCCAGAGUGUGGUACCGUUAUCCUCAUCCCAGCACUUGCGUGAGAUUUGACCGAGUACCUGAAAUGACGGGAACACACAGGAGGAAUGGCGCCGUGUUGCCCUUCGCUUGUGGGCGCCGCCGAGGCUGGCCAAUGUGCGCUCUGGAGACGUCAAGUUUUUGCGGUGCCCUUUCAGAGCGUAAAUUGAACCGAGACCCGGAUUGGCAGGGGAGUUCCGUUUCAAGGUUUCCGUGGUCGCCCAUCCAUGCGUUGCUCUGCUCCCUGUGCCGAAGCCGAGAAAGAUGGGUCGGCCAUCCUGAGCCGGAUCUAAGAGGAAAAAAAGGGCGAAAACCGGUUCUCGAGUCACCACAGGCCGGUCCGGUCUGGUCAAUGACAAAAACGGCAAGCGCCAGCAUUGAAAACCCAGGGAAGCCACUCCGAGGGCUACCAAUGCAAAAAUCCAGCCCACCGGGGAAGGAACUUGCCAGGUGUGCAGGGUGCCUGAGGUUCCUGGCCGUUCGGGGAGAGCGCGCUUCCCGGGGAGGGAAGGCGUCGUUGGGUGGUCCGGAGACUUUUGACAGGGACCCACUUAUGAUCUGGACACUUGGUGCGACGUUUGUGGUACGGAGGUACUCAACCUUAUCUCAACGUCGAGUGGAUUUGACACUGUCCAAGAUGUGGUUCAUCGACACCCGUGGGUCGUUGUUUCCCAGGGGGCCACGCCCAGACUUGUCCCUUCCGCUGUUCGGUCGUGGCAGUGGCCGUGCCUUCCACUCUUCGAAAACCAGGAAGGGGCAGCCCUAA